UCCUCUCUGUCCCCCAAAACAGCGCGCGCUUUUUCAGAGACGGUCGCAGCAAGUCAAGGAGUCAUUUUGAAAAUGCCUUCCAAAAAGAACAAUCCUCCAAAAAAGCAAAAUACGCGGGACAUCGCAUCAUUUUUCGGCACACCUGGCAAAACUGUCAGCAGCCGAUUGUCAGAGAGUGCACAGCCAGGCGGAGCUGCAGGCGGAGCUACAGGCGGAGCUGCAGGUGGAGCUUCAGGCGGAGCUAAGAGCAGAUCUGCUGGGUCUGAUCCAGGGGAAGGAGCCAAAUUCUCUCAGCCAAGCGGAGAUGCACGAUCCAAUCUAGGUGGAGCUACAGGCUCUCAGACACGCAGCCAAACGAGAGUGAAAGAGGAGAACGGUGUUGAUCCCACGGGCGAACAUCUGCAUCGCAUCACAGUGAAAUUCAGUACUAAUGACAGCCAGAAAUACACUAUUGACUGCUAUCAUCCUCGCACACUGCUGGACGUGAUAAAAUCAUCUGAAAUCUAUGAAAAGAAGAUGAAGAUGCAUUCAGAUGAAAAUAUUGUGAUAACGGUGGGUGAAGCAAGGGACUCUAUUGUUGCAACACAUUUCCCUUGUACUUGUAUCAGGGGUGGGGAGACUCUGAUCAUAUCAGGGCAAACAGAAAAAGUUGAAGUGACUCAAAACCACGACGAAACAAUACACUCAAGGGACAAGUAUUCUGUAUUUUACAUUGAUACCGUGGGAGGGCAGUACACCAAACAAAAGAAGCUUUUUAGAAACAGUGUUGUCAAAGAGUUCAAGCGUCUGUUGGUCUAUGGGGAGAAGGGGAUGACUGUCAAAAAGGCUCUGGAAAGAGACGGUCGCUUCAUUGAAGACCUCGGCCACUUCACUCUGUCUGACAAUAAGGAUCCUACUUUAAUCACUGAAUGCACACAAAAGGUUGACAACCUACAUAGAAAACAAUUCAAGAUACGUCUUCCACGGAACAAGAGGGCAGGUUUUGAAAGACAGCGGGCCAAUUCUGGUGCAUCAAAUAAAAAUACAACGCCAGUUGUAGAUGUAGUGCAGCAGAGAGGAACCAGUGUCAGAGCGGUAGUUGAUAAAGGUGUCAAUAGUGUUGACAUUGAGGAGAUUUAUGAAAAACUGCGUCAGCAGACUCCAGCUUUGAGAGAAUUGAUGGAGAGUAGAUUCCCUGGGGAUUCUUAUCAAAAAGCAGUCAACCUGAAGAAGGAAAACUUUGGGAAGAUCCAACAGUCUUUCAGUGAAGUUCACAGAGUCAAGAAGCUGCUGAGACAGGGCGAGUCAGUUUGCAAAGUGGUGGUUAAGGAUGUUUGUCAGGGAACAGGCUUUGUGCUGUUUGACAACUUCAUCUUGACCAACGCACACCUUUUCGAAGGUUGUGUCGAAGGACAAAAGUUGAAGGAGGGUAUAGAUGUGUUUGUUUUCUUCAACUAUGAAGAUCCUGAGCCAGACUUAAAUUACUACUACUACGAGCUGGCUCACCGUGACAUCUGCUGCACUCAGGAUGAUCUUGACUAUGCCGUACUUGAGCUCAACCCUGAGAGCCAGAAAUCAAACCAAUCGACACAAACACAGAGAAGGAAGGUGCCACCAGGACUCCUGAAGAUGUUCGGUCCAAUGCCUCAGAAUGGUGAAGCCUGUAUUAUUGGUCACCCAAAAGGAGAAGUGAAAAAAAUGGAUCCUACAUUUAUCAUUGAGAAAGAGAAGAGGGAGCAGGCUGUCAAUGAUCACUUACAUCCAUACAAAGACAAUAUUUUUACUCUACUCUCAAUCAAUCACUUUCUCAAAGAUCAAGGCAUUGAAAACAUAAUGAUGGGUGGAAAAAUAGCAGACAAAGUAGGGACCUACAACACUUUCAUGUAUCACGGCUCUUCUGGUUCCCCGGUGUUUGACGCUCGUGGUCGAGUCGUUGGUUUGCACUCCGCAGGAUAUGCUUAUGAGUUCCUAAACCACAAAGGGAGUGUGAUAGAGUUCGCCUAUCCUCUGCUCACUAUUUUUAAACACUAUGUGAGUACGCUAAAAGAACAUGGGAAGGAUGAGCUCUUGGAGAGAGUUAAGAAAGAGGUGAAGGGAAACUCAGACCUAGUAAAGGUCUUCAAGUCUGUGGUUGAGCUGCAGGAAAGCAGACAGAGACCCGAGGAUGAGCCAGCAGACCCUGAGGAGCUCCUGGACUACAUUGAGGCAAUGGAAACUGAUUAAGUAUUAAGACCUUCAACACACUUGGCUGUAUAGGUUGUUUUAGAGUUCAUGAAAUCUU